UACAAGAACGAUAAAUAAGUUAAUACUGGACGCCUUGAAAACACAACUCGCACAGCAACAGUCAGUGUAGCAUUUAUAUGAUUAUUACAUAGCAACUUAGAGCAACAAGCAAAGUAAAUUACUGAGAGUUCGCAAGAUGUCUCGGGGAAAUAUAAGUGUUGUGGGAUAAUAUAAUAUAAUAAUAUUUUUAAUCCCCUCCCAUAUUUGUAACUAUUAUAUUAUAAAAUAUAAAGUUCACAAAAUUGUUAUACUAGAAGACUCAAAUUUUACUAAUGACUGUUUAGUUGUAAGGUCAAAGGUAUGCUUCCUUGCAACAGUUCACAUCCCACCUUCAGGAAGUGUUGCGAGAACACAGUCCUACGAGAGAGACUCACAAAGCCACUGCGUCAGCAGAACCUGCCCAUUCAUGCUGAUCUUCACAGAUAUGUGGUAGAGCUUAUGGGGAUGGUGGUGGAGUUCAUUCAGAACUUGGAAGUGAAAAUUAAGAUGGUUCAAGCAAUUCCAAAAACUGACAGUUAUCUGAGUAAUUUGAACAGUGCCAUAACUCAACUGCUGGCUCAGGGCACUGAAGUCGAAAACCUGUACAAGCAAGUUCUUAAGCGACGAGGCCAUCUGCACACCAAAAUUAAAGACAUGUCCAGUUGAUAAAGAAUUUCAUAAUAUUCAAAUAUAAAAUGACACCUACCAUUUGUUCAGGAUACUAGUGAAUAUUAAAUGAAUAAAAAAUAACUAAAGAUCAAUGACUACUUUUACAGUUUGUAUACUGUAUCUUCAAAUUAUAUAACAUUCAUGUUUUGUUUCAUAUUGUCUCUAUUUUGUGUACCUACUGGUUGCUGACACAGGCACAUUAGAGAAAACCGAUUUGAUUUGUUUUAAUUCAUGGAUUACAUGUGUAUAUACUGCAGCAAUAUGUAAAUAUUGAGACAGGUUUCAUUUUAUGUGAGUUUUUUUCUUUUG